GCAGACGCAGGCGCCCGCAGCCGAGAAGCCAGAGAGAAAGUUCCCGGGGAGAGCUCGCCCCUGGGAGGGCCGACGUCGAGCCUGCUCGCCGCGAGGGUCUCAGGUCCCGCGCGUCCAGCCAGCCUUCCCGCUGCGCGCACUCGGCCGCCCGGGCUCGGCUCGCCGGGAAGCAGGGGAGCAUCGCCGGCUGGCAGCCGGGGCGGCCGCCGCCAAACUUGGAGGAGGAGGAUGCUGCGAGUGGGCACGGCGGCGCGGGGCGCGGGGGCGCACUGAGUGCUCCCACGGCGCUGCUGCCAGGGCUGUGGCCGGGCGAGCCGGCCGAAGCGGAGCGGGCAGGUAGCGGCUCUAGCGCCGGGACUGCGCCAGCCCUGCGAGCCCGGGCCGCCAGCGCCACCGUGCCGGCGUCGCCUCCUCGCCACGGAGCCAUGGUGCGCGGAGCGCGCACGCGGCGCGCGGGACUCUGAGCUCCGGCCGCGUCGCGCGUCCCCACCUUCCCAAGGGGCUCCCCCGCCGACCUCGCCCUCGGGCCAUGAGGCUUUGGCCCGGAGCUCCUCGCCUCUGAGUCGCGCACCGCCUGCUCCAGCCCCAGCGCCGCUCAGCCACUGAUUGCACUCUGGCCGCUGAAGCUCCCCAUCCUCUCCCAGGGACGGCACCCAGGCGCUCCGGGAUGGCGCUCCGCCGGACCCUCCGGCCGCUCAAAGUUCGCAGGAGGCGAGAGAUGCUGCCGCAGCAAGUCGGCUUCGUGUGCGCGGUGCUGGCCCUGGUGUGCUGUGCGUCCGGCCUCUUCGGCAGCUUGGGGCAGAAAACAGCUUCUCCUAGCAAACGUGUCCUGCCAGACACGUGGAGAAAUAGAAAGUUGAUGGCUCCAGUGAAUGGGACACAGACAGCCAAGAACUGCACAGAUCCUGCGAUUCACGAGUUCCCCACAGACCUGUUCUCCAAUAAGGAGCGACAGCACGGAGCCGUCCUGCUGCACAUCCUUGGUGCUCUGUAUAUGUUCUAUGCCUUGGCCAUAGUGUGCGAUGACUUCUUUGUUCCAUCUCUGGAGAAGAUCUGUGAGAGACUCCAUCUGAGCGAAGACGUGGCUGGAGCCACCUUCAUGGCUGCAGGAAGCUCAACGCCAGAGCUGUUUGCGUCUGUUAUUGGGGUGUUCAUCACCCACGGGGACGUCGGGGUGGGCACCAUCGUGGGCUCCGCUGUGUUCAACAUCCUGUGCAUAAUUGGAGUGUGUGGACUGUUUGCUGGCCAGGUGGUCCGUCUGACGUGGUGGGCCGUGUGCCGAGACUCCGUGUACUACACCAUCUCUGUCAUCGUGCUCAUCGUGUUCAUAUAUGAUGAACAAAUUGUGUGGUGGGAAGGCCUGGUGCUCAUCAUCUUGUAUGUGUUUUAUAUUCUGAUCAUGAAGUACAAUGUGAAGAUGCAAGCCUUUUUCACAGUCAAACAAAAGAGCAUUGCAAACAGCAACCCGGUCAACAGUGAGCUGGAGGCUGUGAAGGAGACGCCACAGUAUGGCAAGAACCCCGUGGUGAUGGUGGACGAGAUCAUGAGCUCCAGCCCUCCCAAGUUCACCUUCCCUGAAGCAGGCUUACGAAUCAUGAUCACCAAUAAGUUUGGACCCAGGACCCGACUACGGAUGGCCAGCAGGAUCAUCAUUAAUGAGCGGCAGAGACUGAUCAACUCGGCCAACGGUGUGAGCAGCAAGCCGCUUCAAAACGGGAGACACGAGAACAUUGAGAACGGGAAUGUACCUGUGGAAAACCCCGAAGACCCUCAGCAGAAUCAGGAGCAGCAGCCGCCGCCACAGCCACCACCGCCGGAGCCAGAGCCGGUGGAGGCCGACUUCCUGUCCCCCUUCUCCAUGCCGGAGGCCAGAGGGGACAAGGUCAAGUGGGUGUUCACCUGGCCCCUCAUCUUCCUCCUGUGCGUCACCAUUCCCAACUGCAGCAAGCCCCGCUGGGAGAAGUUCUUCAUGGUCACCUUCAUCACCGCCACGCUGUGGAUCGCUGUGUUCUCCUACAUCAUGGUGUGGCUGGUGACUAUUAUCGGAUACACACUUGGGAUCCCGGAUGUCAUCAUGGGCAUUACUUUCCUGGCAGCAGGGACAAGUGUUCCAGACUGCAUGGCCAGCUUAAUUGUGGCGAGACAAGGCCUUGGGGACAUGGCAGUCUCCAACACCAUAGGAAGCAACGUGUUUGACAUCCUGGUAGGACUUGGCGUACCGUGGGGCCUGCAGACCAUGGUUGUUAAUUACGGAUCAACAGUGAAGAUCAACAGCCGGGGGCUGGUCUAUUCCGUGGUCCUGUUGUUGGGCUCUGUUGCUCUCACCGUCCUCGGCAUCCACCUAAACAAGUGGCGACUGGACCGGAAGCUGGGUGUCUACGUGCUGGUUCUCUACGCCAUCUUCUUGUGCUUCUCCAUAAUGAUAGAGUUUAACGUCUUUACCUUCGUCAACUUGCCGAUGUGCCGGGAAGACGAUUAGCGCUGAGUCGCGCCCCUGGGAGCUGAUCUGGACACUCUGUGACACUGGCGUCCUCCUCUCCCCUCCUUCCCCCACCACAGGUCUCUCCUGCAUAGGCAGCCACUGUCCGUUCUUUCACACACCGGAAGGAAGAGCCAUCGUGGUCUUUGUCUGGUCACAGGCCAGGCUGCUGGGCGUCCUCCUCCUCCUUGGAGUUCCGCCCCUGCAAGGCUGGAUUUGGGGGCCAUUAUCUGAGCAGCUUCGAAGACCCCUGAGCUGCCAACCACGGAGAUGUGCCAAGCAUCUCAUCUCUCCUGCACACUUUAGUCAGAAGGACUUCUGCAUGCAGUUUGUCUUUCUGUUCUGCAGGCAGCCUCAGAAAUGAGGUCAUUUGUGAGCACAAGAUCUCAUAGGGCCCUUUUCCUGGAAAAACUGGAAGAAUGAAAAUAAUUUUUUUCUGUGGAAGAGAGAAAAUGAGUGAAUAUUCUUCUCACUUUUAUUGAUGCAUUCAGAGAAUAAGCAAUGAAAUAUUAAAAAAUGAAACAUCAUAUAGGUCAUCAUACUUGAAAACUAUCAUUCCAUAUGAAAGGAUCAUGAUACACACCAAAAAAGCAAUGAUCGUAAAGACACAAAUCCUCUGUACGCCGUCUUGCAUUGGCACUGAGGUGUUUGGUUUGGAAUAGGGAAAAAGGUAAGAGACUGACGUGGAAAGGUGCUAACUCAGAGACUGGAGAUUAUAGUUUACAGCUGUACUUUCCAGAUCUUCUAUGUGACACAAUGCACUGUCCUUGUGGGUUUGUCAAUUAUUUGUUAAUGCUCUAGUUUCAAAACCACCCUGUUGAAAGUUCCAGUUAUUUAUAUGCCCAACAAAUUUCAUAGCCUGCUGAACUGGACUGAGUGUGUCAGAAGUGCUGGUUAAUGACGAGAAGAGAGAUUGCCUGAAAAACAACAAACUGCUUUCUGGUUAGCUGAAGGCAAGUGUGAAAAUCAUAAUUUAGAAUAUUUAGAGCUAAGCUUCUGGAACCACGUAGUUUACUACACGUGACAGGCCAAGAAUGGGAGGCUGACUCAAAACUAGAUAGAAAAAUAUAAAAUAAUUUUCGACCACUUGAUAGCUCUCAAAUAUAUAUUUAAAAGAUUUAUGAAUACAAACCAUUUAUGGUUUAUGGUUUCUAAAAAAGAAAGCACAAUUAAUUUUAUAGAGAGGUUUUUUAUUUUUUUAAUAUUUCUAUUGCAAAAGUCUAUCCGAUUUGAUGCACUUUGAAUAUUGAGAUAUUUUGCACGGAUGAAUGUAUGGGAACUACCCAUGAUGAUGUAAGAGGAAAGAACAUUUUUUUGUGAUUCACCAGACAUCACUUUAAACUUGGUGAUGAGUUUAAAUCCAGUAGCUAAUCCCUUCCUGAGACUCAAAGAUCGUGACCCUGGUUGGAAUUUCUGACUGUGCUCUUUAGGGCCUCCUGAGUUUCAAAAGGAGGAAGUGUUCGUGCUUGUGUCCCUUAAGUUCCCUGUUGCAUGAGCCUGCGACAGGACCUCACCCCCACCACCAGGCUUCUAUUUGGGAUUCACGUCAGUAUUAGUAUCGUAGCUACACCAAGUUCAGGCUUCUCUUUUUGUUUUUUUACCUAGAAAUUGGGCUCAGUGGUCUUCAACUUGAGGAUGAGGGUGAUUUUCCUAAGAAAUCAGCAAAGAGGGAAGGCAGGGACCCUGCAGAUUCACCAAUAUAAACUAGCUGCAGGGAUUUCAGAGCCCUUGGGACCACUCCGUCCCCUUAAUAGCUAAGUUCUCCUGGUUCCUCCGAUCUUACAGGCUCAUCCAGGUUCCAAAGUGCUUCUGUCUCUGUUUUGAUUCUCCAAACUGCUCUGUGAUGUACGUAGGGAUUAUUCUCCCCACUUAACAGAAAGUAGUGUCUUGGAGAGGUCAAGGGUCUCUAGUUCAAUGGCCAGUCAUAGCAGAAGGGAGGCCAAGCCCCAGUCCAUCACCCCUCCCAGGCCAGCCUCUGUAAGUUGGCCAUACUUGGGGAGUGAGUGUGAGUAUGACUUUACCUUCCUGGUUAGUUCUUACUGUUUGAGUCAAAACCUCAUCAAUAUAUCAUUGACUCCUGGGUUCCUCAGGUCAUUUCCUAAUAUCUGUCCCUAUCCAAUGCCUCUAUUUUUUCUUGAAAAAAGGACCAAAAAUUAUUUUUAGCUAUGACAAGGCACAGGCCACGUGGCCCCUGAUGGUGUCCCUGCUGGUUUUCAAUUCUCUGAAGCCUUGUGUAGCUUUCAGAGCACACGUAUCCUAAUUACCCUCCUCUUCCUCAGCAGAACACAUUUGAGAUUCUAAAUGGAUACUGUUAGUCUCUAAAGUUGCAGUUAGAAACUAAAAUAAUGUUUUUUAAUAUGUAAUAUGCUCCUCUUGGCUAAUUUUCUUUUGACUUUAACGUGCCAAUGUAACUUCCUUUAAAGGAUCUAUGCAUUUAUUAAAUCUAGAAAACUAUAUGUACACUGUAGGUGGAAAAUUCUCUUUUUUAACUAAAUAUUUUUCCAUCACAAGUUUAAAGAAUUGCAUGAUUAAUUAGGCUUUCAUUUUUAAAUUACGCUUUCAUCACUACGCAGGAUUACUUUAUUUUAUUCCCAAAGCUCAUUAGCAUGGGAUAAUUACUCUGCUACAGAAAUAGGCAGUUUUAAAAAAUGAAUUUAGCUCUUCUCAUUGGGGGCAGAAAAGAAAAAAAAAACACAAACCAUUGCACUCAGAUGGAAAAUGCCUAUAGACACAGGAGCAGGUGGUUCCUGUGGACUUCUGGUUUGGAAUUUUGCCUCACCAGGUUCAAGUGUGGUUAGGGUGGAAGGUGUCCAGUAUCUUGAGAACCUGGCCCUAGAGGAAGGUUCUGGGUCAGCUGCAAUGAGAGACUGGUGAUAAAGGGCACGAUGGGCAGGACACAGUCCUCGCCUUAACCACCCCAUCCUUCCUAUUACCCACAGUCUGCUGGCCUUCAUGCCUCUUCCCCUUGUCACCUGUGUCUCCUCCUUAUGCACAGAGCUGGCUGCCCUUCUGAAUUUUCUUUUCUCUUUUUUUUUUUUUUGAGACAGCAUCUCACUCUGUCACCCAGGCUGGAGUGCAGUGACGCCAUCUUGGCUCACUGCAACCUCCGCCUCCUGGGUUCAAGCAAUUCUCGUGCCUCAGCCUCCUGAGGCUGUAGCUAGGAUUACAGGCGUGCGCUGCCACACCCAGCUAAUUUUUGUAUUUUUAGUAGAGAUGGGUUUUCACCAUGUUGGCCAGGCUGGUCUCAAACUCCCGACCUCAGGUGAUCCACCCACCUUGGUUUCCCAAAGUACUGGGAUUACAGGUGUGAGCCACCGCACCCAGCCUGCCCUUGUGAAUUUCCACCUGCUCCUUACCCCUCACCUGUUAGGACUGUUUCUUGCUUUUGCCCCUGUCGGUCCCCUGCCUUAACAGACCCAAGCAGCUGAUAAUGCACCAAGCUUCCCUGACCAGGUGGGGUGUGUGUAUCACCCAAGGGUAGUCCUGCAGACCCUGACCAAAGCCCGUUCCUGGGUGGCCCAGGGUCCAGGUUUCUUCCACCUGCUCUUCCCUGUUAAUGGGGAUUUGCAAGCCUAAUCGCAUCAGCAGGAGCCCAUCUCUCAGAGAAGCCCGACUCCCCAAGCAGACCGGGAUUUCGGGAAGGGUGUGGGGGGUGUCGUUGCUGGAUACCCGUCUUUCUGCCUGUCCUUUCUCCUCUCUGAAUCCUGGGGCCCCUCUCCCUCCUUAAAGCUGGGGUGGACAGAGGGGCGGGAGAGGGACAGGAAAGGAUCAGAGUUCAUCCCCCCUGGGAAAAAGCAAGAGCGAAUGAAUUCCAGCGCCAGCGGCUGAGGCUGCCUUCCGUGCCUUCCCUCCAUGGGGAUCAGGCGAGUGGGGCUUAGGAAACUGGAACUGGGAAGGUUCUGUUGCCACACUUUGGAACUUUCCCCCUGGGAUUCAGCAGUUGAGAAGCAGAGACCUUUCUGCCCUGGGUGAAUGGGUCCUUUAGGGAGGGGUUGGUCUUUUGUCUCACAUCCCCAUCUUUCCUUUCCUUCUGGGCCAUGCUUCUCCCUGGCUGGAAAAAUGUGGCUGUGCUGUCCCUGUGAUCCACUCUCAGCAAAUGCGUGUGACUCAAAUAAACAAAGAACUUACCUGUUAGAGUGAAAAUCCUCAGGAGAUUGUACCCAAAUGCCAUGCUUUAAAUAUUCAUGGUCUCUCUAAUGCCCUCCAGAUGUGAUUUCCAUGGGAACCAUCCUCCGCUGGGGGCAGUUAGCAGGAGUACGUGGGGCACGUGAGGUGGUCCUCCUCUCAGCACACCGUGCCCAUAGAAACUUCUAGAAAUUUCUGAAAAUGCUCUGUGGGCAGCUCUUGGGUGGCAGUAAGUCCAUCAACCCCCACCUACCCCUGAGCCUGAAGCGCUGCCCUUGCUCUCUCUUUAUGUGUGUGCACCUGAAGGAUUUCCUGGUCUCUGCAGCUCAUCCUGUGAGCCCCUCAAGCACAAAGCCUCCCUUGGGGCUUCUCAAAGCAUGGAGAGGGGCCCUUCCUGUCCUUUGGGAAAAUCUUCCCCACUGUGUCAGUUAUAUGGGAACAAGAGUGAGGGGGUCUUUCUCUAGGCCUGUGCCACAGGACAGAGAACACGGGAUUCUGCUGUUCGCUUUGAGCCACAGCCUUUACCAGCCCGGUUUGUGUAGGGGGCCCCUUCGCCUUGCUGCAAAGAGCUGUUCCCCAAAGGGCAUAUCCACACGGAACAGGUUUUAAAAAGGCUUUUUUUUUUUUUUUUUGAGACAGGGUCUCGCUCUGUCACCUAGGCUCGAGUGCAGUGGUGCCAUCUUGGCUCGUUGCAACCUCCACCUCCUGGGUUCAAGUGAUUCUCCCACCUCAGCCUCUCUGGUAGCUGGGACUACAGGCAUGCACCACCAUGCCCAGCUAAUUUUUGGAUUUUUAGUAGAGAAGGAGUUUCACCAUGCUGGCCAGGCUGUUUUUGAACUCCUGACCUCAAGUGAUCCUCCCACCUGGGCCUCCCAGAGUGCUGAGAUUACAGGCGGGAGCCACCACACCUGGCCAAAAAAAGGCAUUUUGAUUUAGGUUGCUGUGUUUGCUUGUUGAUAAAGAAAACUCAAUUGGGACACUAGUUUUGUGCUCAGCUUUAGGCUGGGUAGCUAAUGGGAGGAUGUCCAGCCUGUCACUGUGCUCCCAGCGCAAGGAAAUGGGUGCCCACCCGGAAUCAGGAGGAGGCUUUUCCCUCCCGUUCUGCAACCAGGGUGGAGCUAUCUUUCCAGGGAAGCCAGCUGAGAGGUUUUAGGGCUUUGGUUAUUUUAUAGGGGUUUUAAACCUCCUAACUUUUCAAUGACAAAUGGCUCCCAGGUGCCAUUGUCUCUGUUAAAUCCUCAAACAUUCACAAGCACACACUGCCAGGGGCACGGGUUGUCUUUCGCCUACAUGUUUCUAAGGCUCUUUAUUCAAUCUCACGGUGUCAGUGUCCAGUUGUCAAAGUUAUUAAUCUUCCUCCUGCUUCUUAACAGGGCUGACAGUAUACUUUAGUCUAGGAACAUGUCUGCUGCUGGCCUACCCUGGUACCAGGAUUUGAGGGCCACGGGCGGCAUCUCUGAGAGCUGAAAAUCCACACUGUGCCUGUGGGAAAGUCAAGCCCUUGGCUGUGUGGCUUUUCUAUCCCUUGGAUUUACAGGUCUGGGAAUUGGCUGCUCCUUAGUUAUAACCCCAGUGACAAAUGCCGGCUUAAGCCACACCUAUGCCCACUGUUGCUAGAAUUCAAACAGUUGCUUUUUUUUUUUUCUUUUUGAGAAAGGGACUCACUCCGUUGCCCAGGCUGGGGUGCAGUGGCUCGAUCACAGCUCACGAAAGCCUCAAACUCCUAGGCUCAAGUGAUCCUCCUGAAAAGUAGGUAGGACUACAGGCACAUGCCACCACAUCCAGCUAAUUUGUUUUCAUUUUUUUUUAGAGACAGGAUCUCUCUGUGUUGCCCAGGUAGGUCUUGAACUCCUGGCCUCAAGUGAUACUCCUGCCUUGAACUCCCAAAGUGGAUUACAAGCGUGAACCCCUGCACCCGGCCCAAGCAGUUGUUUCUUUUUUUUUUUUUUUUUUGAGAUGGAGCCUCACUCUGUCGCCCAGGCUGGAGUGCAGUGGCACGAUCUCAGCUCACUGCAGGCUCCGCCUCCCAGGCUCAUGCCAUUCUCCUGCCUCAGCCUCCCGAGUAGCUGGGACUACAGGCACCCGCCACCACGCCCAGCUAAUUUUUUGUAUUUUCAGUAGAGACAGGGUUUCACCGUGUUAGCCAGGAUGGUCUCGAUCUCCUGACCUCGUGAUCCGUCCACCUCGGCCUCCCAAAGUGCUGGAUUACAAGCGUGAGCCACCGCGUCUGGCCAAGCAGUUGCUUCUUAUGCAAUAUGUUGGUUGGGACUUGUCCAUGGACGAGGCCAAUAAAAUUCUUAAUCCUGCAGAGAGUCAGUACCCUCAUCACCCCAUCACUGGAAAACAAAUGUUUUAAGCUAUCAAGAGAGGGAAUGUGCAGCUUUUGGUUUCUAGAUGCAUGGUUUGGUGUGAUCUGCCUUUGUGCCUAAAGGGAAUGUCCCAAACAACAGAGCCUUCUUUGCUGUCACUCCAGAAUUCUCUACACAGAAUUUCCCAAGUCCAUUCAGGACAGACACGCAGUCCUCUUUCAAUGGAAGAAGAGAGGACUUUUCCCCUCCUGAAAAAUGACUGGAGUGUGAACAAGGCAGCUCUGUUUUUCCAAAUAAGUUGUUCUUGUGAGUUUUUUCUGGCCACUGGGCAUCUCUGCCCUCACCUUUCAUCCCUGCCCUCUAAGCCACAGACCCCAUGACCACACUGUCUGCUUCCUUGAGCCUCCUGCACGAGGCUUGGACCUGGGGGACCUGGAGACCCUGCGGACAGAACUGUGGCUGAGCCACUGUGGCCAACUCUUGGGGAGCUCCACAGUGGGGGUUGCUGGUCUGUGAGGCUGAGUCUCCAUUUCAGAGCACACACUCCCUGGCAGGGCGCCUCUGCCUGUGUCUCCUGCCCAGCAGCCGCCAGCAGGGAAUAGUUGCUGGUGUCUGAGCACAAAGAGAGCUUUGAUUAUCUAGAGAGGAAAAAGGCUGUCAGCCAGAUGCAGCCAGGCCCAGGGGUAGAUGCAGGAGUUGCUAUAAGGAAGGGGCCGAGCCAGGAGAGGCCAGGCAGAUCCACAAAGCCCAAGGGGAUGCAGGCUGGGUGUGGUUUCUGAGGGAACCUACAAAAUAGCAGGUAGAUGGAAUCAGAGGACUCUUGUGUCCUAAAAGAACCUCCUUAAAAACAGCUAACACCAAGAACUUCUGGGGCUGUUCACACAUUGUUCAAGUCACCCCAAGAUCGUUCUGGCACGCUGAGCUGAACACCGCCAUCUUUGUUCAUUCUCUCUCUAAUGGGCAAAGCAGGAUCAUCGAGUUGAAAAGUUGUAAAUAAUGAGUAUAUUUAUCCCGCUAUUUAUUUUUUCAAUAACUGUGACCUCCUGCACUGCGAAUGCUGUGUGACAUGAGAUUCUUAGUUUAAUAAAACUGUCAUUAAAUUUGAAUGAAUUGAUAUUAUUGGUUACUGAACACUGGCAUGAGUUUAUUUUUAUUGUGAAGAAAAAAAUCUACAGCAAAUCUAAACCUUUCUAAGAAAUCUAGCAGUCAGUAUUGUAAUGCAAUAUAUCAAAAUCUGUACACUGUCAAUAAAAUAAAUGAGCACAAGUUGUCUUUCCCUAAAUAGAGCUUCUAUUCACGCUUUAAUAGACACACACAUAUUUGUAUUUUUGAAAGAA